CUUUUUCAUGCUAUUGCAGGGAGGCGGAGUUGUCUCUGUUGGUUACAAGGAGAAAGAGAGGAGAAAGAGCCAAGAGUCGCGUCUCGCGUCUCUCGGUGCAUUAGCCGUCGCCGCCGAGUCCUUCUCAGGCGACAAUGAGGAAGACAAAAUUGUGUGGUAUUUGUGGAGAUACGGGCUACUCGGAACAAAUUAUCACGUGUCAUCGUUGCAGAAGGAAUUUUGAACACACUUACUGCAUGAAAGUGGUUCGUUUUGGGGUUCGAGAUAAUUGGUAUUGUGAUGAGUGUUCAAAUCUGUCAGUCGAUGUAGCUCAAGAGUCAAAGAUGCCUCAUACAGUUAUGGAAAGUAAUUCAAAAGCUUUCCAUCCUCUCUUGAACAGGGUGCCUCCAACUAAAGGAAGUUCCAAUUUGAAUGACCAAAGAAUUCCUAAAGAAAUUGAUGAUUCUAGGAAGUGGCGGAACAGGAAGCAUGUCAAACACUCGUCAAUACCAAUGGGUUUCUACAAGGCCAUUCAAAAUGCAAAAGUAAAAUUCAUUUCAACUGAAGAAGUUUGCUUUACUAAGCAUCCAAAGAUAUCCUUUAAAGCAUCAAAUUCAGGUCCUUCAAGUUGCCGAAGGAGUUAUGCUGCGACGUUGCAUCCUAGCUCAAGAAAAGAAGUAAAAGACCCAUACACAUCCUCUAGUUUAACAAAACCUGGGGUUUUCAAACAGCCAAAUGCGGCUACGGUUUAUUCUGGCCUUCUUGCCGGAAAUGUCAGCACAACCAGGGAUGCUGUUAUUGUUGAUAAGGAAGCAAAUAUGAGAAAGAAAGUUCCAGCUUUAGGUGUUGCUUCUGAUGAUUCAGCUUCAUACACUGCAAAUAGAAUGGGAAAUAAAAUAAAACUCAAGGCCCUAGAUGGAAGGGAAAAUUAUGCUACCACAUCCAAGAGACCAGCACCUGAAGCAACUAACCCACCACAGAUAUUGCUCAUACAUCCAGCUGAGAAUCUUUUGAAUGUCCCUGCUCCAAAAGUUUGUUGGAAGGGUGUCUUUGAAGUCUUUGGCAUGGCCAUCAAUGUGUUUGAUGAAAUUGAAGCACACUUCCCCUGUCAAGUGUCAUACAAAGUAUAUGAUAUUUCGAAAAAAAUGCCAUUUAAGUUAAAGCUCAAUUUGCUGCCAAGGCGAGAUGCUUGGCCUUUUCAAUCUGAUAUUCCCACAUGUUAUGAUAUUGGUUUAUACUUUUUUGUUGGUCAAUUUGAUAGGCCAAGCAAUAAAUAUUUUUGGCUGCUGGAGCAAGUUGGUUCAAAAGAUUUUGUUAUGCAAUCUUGCCUAGGAGAAGUGGAAUUACUGAUAUACCCAUCCACACAACUGAGAUUGGAUUCCCAGCGAAUUGAUGGCCAACCAUACUUCUGGGGUGUGUUUCGGAGGAAGAAAUUACGGAAACCCGCAGAUAUUGCCAAUGUCUGCCAUGAAGCACCUCAAGAACAAUCCUCAGCAUGCUCCACCUCUUUGGCACCGUUUCUCUAAUCUGACUCUGUUUUGGUAAACCUACUGUUACUGUGGCCUUGGGGGAAUCGCAACUCACAUUUUGUGCAGGUUGGUUUUGAUAGUUGGCAUUAACUCGUUUGAUAGAUUACAAAGCACAUAAUAGUUACAGUUUAAUAUCAAAGAUGAAAGGCCAUCGUAGCUUCUGAACACUUCAAAUGACAACAGCUGGAUGAGGUAUAAUUCUCCAUUUUUGGUGGUAGUCACCUCUCUUUUUUCUGAUUACAGCAUGAGGUUUACUGAAUUAAGAAUUUGGUUCAGCUUGUGUUUUUUUUUUGUUUAUAUUUAAUAUGUAGUUGGCCAUUUUGGAUGUUUCUUGUGGUGGACCUGUGGACUUUGGAAUAGUCAAAUUUGCCAUACUAGAUCAUAUAACAUGUUUGUCAGGCCUCAUGAAGGAAGAAUUUUAUAAUCAUAGUUAAGUAACAUGUAACUCAACUCUCAACUGUUUGAUGCUAUGUAGUUUUACCUAAUUUGUUAGUAAUUUGGCUCUUGAGUUCGUCA